GGUCAUGUCUACGGAACACUUCUCAUCCACAAGAGAGGAAGGAAGCCCUGGCUCAAGAACUAACUUUAGGUCCAAUCAGAGGAAGAUAUUAAACUUGCUCUUGGAGAGAGAUAAUUCCUUUACCGUCUGUACAGAUCUCCCAAGAACUCCAGUGAACAAACUCUUUAGUGAUUCUGCAAAUCUAAGCACUUUGUCUGGAAGCACUCCAAAACGUUGCCUUGAUCUUUCAAAUCAUAGCAGUGGAGAGAUAUCUGCUACUCAGCUCACCACCUCUCCAUACCUUGAUGAAACUGGUCACUGGGACUCCUUAGGACCUCAGGAAAUACAAUUAGUUGGGAUGUGGGAGGCAGAGAGUUUCCAGCUCACCUGCAGCUCCAGAAUGCUGAUGGUUUAA